AUGACUGAUUUCUCAUCGUUCAAUGUAUAAAAUUGUGUAAAUUUGCACUAAAGCAGACAAAUUUAUCAGUCACCAAUCAAAUUCUAGUACCCUUCUCCCUUCUAAUGGAAGUUCAACUCAGAGAAUAGCUCCGUUAAUAAAUCCUUCGGCCUCUCAAUUGCCGAAAUUCAGAUGAUGAAUAGUCCCAGAACAGAUAGACUCGAAAAAUGCCUCGAGAGGAUCGAAGAAUAUAAAAAUGAGGGACGACUCAAUGAUGUCUUAAUCACAAUUGAGCAAGGGCUUUAAAUAUUGAAAAAUGAUCCCUAUCACGAUCACGAAAUGAACUAGAGGUUUUUCAUUAGAUUUUAAGUGAGACUUGCACAAACACAACUUGAACUUAACAUGCUUGCUGAGUCUUAUCAAAUAUGUGAUUAAGGAGUUUAAGCGCUAACUCAGAGUGAUAAUUAAGUAGCUGCCAACAGAAAUCAUAUUCAGGAAUUUCUCAUUGUAAAAGCUAGUCUAAUGCUUAUUCAUGGGGACUUCAAUUAAGUGAAUUAGAUCAUAAAUGAGAUUGAGUCUCUUGGAGACAUUUGUGAUGAUCAUAUUAAUCUUAAAUUGGCGAUGAUAAAGUACGAAUUACUCUUGGCGCAGAAUGACAUUGAGUAGGCAAUAAACUACUUGAUCUAAAGUAUCAACACCUUCGUGAAUGUCCAGCUUAGUUUGGUUGAGCGAGCCUUUUUGAAGUUGCUCGAACUCCAUCUUAACCUAAUGAAAGCAGACCACAAUUAAAGAGUAAAGGCAGCCUAGCUAAACUAUGAGUUGUUUAAAAUCUCAAGGGAGAUGAAAGACGUGCACAAAAGCAUGAACUAUAUCAACUAGGCUGUUGAACUAGACCCCCAAGACUGGACAUAUCAAUUUGAAUUGGCUCUUUUUAUCAAGUAGGCACUGAAACUCAGAUAAGAUGCAUCUGUAAUUAUGAAGAAAGUAUUAGACUUAAACCCUGCUAAUUCAAAGGUGUGGUUUGAGGCUGCAUGUCUUGCAGAGGAAAUGACAGAAUAUGAAUAAGCGAGGGAAUAUCUAGAUAAAGCUGUGAGUAUUGACCCAUAUAAUGUCGAGAUUCACAACAAAAUUUCACAGAUAUAAUACUCUCUCAAAAGAUAUCCAGAGGCUAUCUAGAGCCUAGAGAAUGCUAUAUAAAUUUAUCAUCAGGAUUAAACUUAAUGCCAACAUAAUUUGUCUAUUUUACUGGGGAAUCUAGGCAUGAUAUAUUCAAAUCUUAAUGAAAAUGAAAAAGCUUACACUUUGCUCUAAUAAUCAAUAUAAUGCAAUAACGAUAAUCUACAUAACUGGCUAUAACUCGCAGUUCUAGAGAUGAAGCUUGGAAAAUACGACAACAGCAUGAAUAUAUGUGAAAGAGUUCUAUCAUUUGACCACACUAAUGAAAAAGCUUUUGAGCUUAAAGGUGAUUUAUUUAAAUGCAUUGGCUAAUUUGAUUAAGCCUUUUUAUUCUAUAGCAAGGCUAUUGAAGUUAACCCAGAGAGUCACUCAGCUAAUAGCUCAAUCGCUGAUCUAUAUAGAAAUUAAGGCAAACUAAAAGAAGCAAUAGAUUAUUAUAAAAAAGCCUUAUCAGUAAAACUUGAUCUAACUGCAACAUUUGCGGCAAUGUGCAAUGCCAAGUAAUUUUGCUGUGAUUGGGAUUAGGCAGAUGACUGCUUCUAACAUCUAUAUAAUCUAGUUUCAAAGUAAAUGGAAGCAGGGGAAUUGCCUUGUGUCGAUCCAUUUUCUCUCUUUAUGUAUAACUUUACCCCUGAGCAAAAGUACCUAGUCACUAAAAGAUAUGCUGAUCAUAUUAAGACUACUACUAUGAAAAACUUGCAUGCCUAAGGAGUUACUUUUCAUGGAUUUUAACACUAGAAGGUCAAUCCAGAUCACUAAAUUUUCAAGAUUAGACUUGGGUAUGUUAGUUGGGACUUCGCUGAUCACCCACUAGCAUAGCUUAUGCAAUCAAUAUUUGCAAUGCAUGAUCGAUCUAGAUUUCAUGUAGUAGCUUUUAGUUUAAGAAAAAAUGAUGGGAGUGAGUGGAGAUAAAGAAUUGAAAGUGGCUGUGAUGAGUUUUAUGAAAUACCUGAUGGUAUGAGUACAGUAGAUCUGUCCAACUUUAUAUAUGGAAAGAGCAUUCACAUUUUAUUCAACUUAAAUGGAUGGACAUAAGGUCAUAGGUCUGAUGUAUUCGUCCUUAGGCCUGCUCCAAUCCAGAUCUCAUAUAUGGGCUUUUGUGGCUCAAUGGGAGCUGAUUAUAUUGAUUAUAUAAUUACAGAUGAGAUAGCCACUCCUCCAGAGUGUCUUAAGAGAUUUUAUGCUGAAAAAGCAAUUUACAUGCCUCAUUCCUAUUUCGUAAAUGAUUACAUGCAAAGCUCUCCUUAUACUAUUGAUCCUAAUUUCUCAAGAUCUUGCAGAAGAUAAUUUGGUCUUCCUGAAGAUAAGUUUAUAUUUGCAAACUUCAAUUAGCUGUACAAGCUCGACUAGAAUACAUACACAGUAUGGAUGAACAUUUUAAAAAGAGUUCCUAACUCAGUAUUGUGGGUGCUUGAAUACCCUGCAGAUGCUAAGGAAAAUCUUCUUAAAGAGGCAGAAAAUAGAGGAGUAAAUUCUAAUCGAAUCAUUAUGACAACGAAGGUGCCUAAACACUAGCACAUUGAAAGAUGUCAUUUAGCAGAUUUAUCACUAGACAAUCCCAUUACAAAUGGACACACCACUACAUGUGAUUUGUUAUGGAGUGGACUUCCAGUUAUCACUUAUCCCAUAUCUGAAAAUAUGCCCAGUAGAGUUGCAGCAAGCAUUUGCUAUGCUUUAGAGUGUCCUGAAAUGGUUGUCCAUUCCUACCAAGAGUAUGAGGAAUUAUCAGUAAAACUAGCAACAUCUGAUUUUCAAAAACCCAAACCUUCAGAUAAUAUUCCACUUCACCUUCAUAAUAAACUUGGUUCACUAAGACUAAAGUAACUCAGAGCUAAAAUUGAAAGAAAUCGUCAAACAACUCCGCUUUUUAAUACUAAAUUAUGGGUUCAGCACAUGGAGGUCGGUCUAUUAAAAGCUUGGAGUAUGUAUAACUCAACUGGUAGCGUAGACAAUAUAAAGAUAUCAGAACUGCUUGCUAAUAUCAAGAACCAGAGUAAAAGUCAGCCCUUGUAGUAUUAAUGA